UGAGGAACAGCAGCCAUGGCUCUCCACUAUCCCAUGGCUGUGGGCCUGAACAAGGGCCACAAAGUGACAGAGAAUGUGAGCAAGCCGAGGCACAGCUGUCGACAAGGGAGCCUCACCAAGCACACCAAGUUUGUGUGGGACAUGAUUGGAGAUGUGGCCCCCUAUGAGCGGCACGCCAUGGAGCUGCUCAAGGUGUAUAAGGACAAGAGGGCCUUGAAAUUCAUCAAGAAAAGGGUGGGAACACACAUCUGUGCCAAAAGGAAGAGAGAGGACCUGAGCAAUGUCCUUGCAGCCAUCAAGAAGGCAGCAGCCAAGAAGGACUGAGCCCCAUGCCCUCUGUGUAAUAAAACCUGCUCAGAAAAAAAAAAA